AUGGGAACACGUCUGGGAAUUUAUCGUUACGCUCAACGGAAAGGCGAACAACUGUCUGUCUUCGCCGCGUCGUUGCUUCCGCUGGCAGAAAUCGGCUGCCCAACGGUGGACAAAUCGGAGCGAGUGCUGUCCAGCUUACGCCAAGCUCUUCAUUGUCAUACUAAUCCUGAUACUUUGCGGGUGUUCGAAGAGAGACCGCCGACAGGACUGAAUGAAGCGCUUCACAAUCUGGCAGCAAAGAACAGUUUUUCGAGCUCCUGUGCCGUAUUCCACAACACUCCGAGCAAGACAGUAGCCAACCGAUGCUCGCGGCUCAGCAACGACGACACUCUCGGCCAAUAA